AUUGAGGCGAGAGUGUCCCCAUCAACAUGGCCGGCACUACGGAAAAUGCACCGGCUCUCACAUUUCCACGAGACACCUUUGCAAAAUUGACUCCUCGCCCGUUUCUGCUUGCUCACCUCAAACAACCAUCAUCAGUCCGACCCAAUGGACGAAAACCAGAGGAGAGCCGGCAGCCCACCAUCAACACGGGCUCUUUGACGCACAGUAAUGGCAGUGCAGUGGUCCGCAUGGGCGACACUGCCGUUGUAUGUGGCGUUAGAGGCGAGAUUCUUCUCACAUCAGACAUACCACACCCGCCAGGCGAAGACACUGCCGAUGAUGACCUCGUGGAGCGGCUCGGUCUGGUCAUACCAAACGUCGAGUUGAGCACAGGCUGUUCGCCGGAUCAUCUUCCUGGAAACGCACCAAGCUCCCUCGCUCAGGCUCUAUCUUACCGCAUACUCUCCUUACUCCACACCUCGCGCACUCUUUGUCCAUCGGAUCUGCGCAUCCAAUACACUGAGCCAGAAACAGAAGACGACAUCCCUGACCAGGAAGAAAAAAUUGUCACCAAGGCAUACUGGGCGCUGUACAUCGAUAUUCUCGUUUUGGCACUGGAUGGAAAUGCCUUUGACGCUGCCUGGAUCGCUGUCAUGGCCGCUCUUCAAGACACGACAUUACCACAAGCAUGGUGGGAUGCUGAUCGAGAAAUGGUACUCUGCUCGCCGCUCAUAUCUGGCAGCCACCAGCUGAGUCUUCGUCGGAUCCCGAUUACGUCAAGCUUUGCAGUGUUUUCAACAGCCUCGCCACUGAAGAAACGGGAGGAUGCUCAGAGUUGGGUGUUGGCCGAUCCGGACGCCUUCGAGGAAGGAGCAUGUGAAGAGACGCUUACAGUUGUGCUUACACCGGCGAUCAGUGGUACCCGCGGGAUUCUGAGAGUCGAGAAGAAGGGUGGCAGGCUUGUCAGCAGCGAGGUGAUGGAGCAGUGCAUCAAAGUCGCAGCAUCGUCAUGUUCCAAGAUCGAAGCCGUGCUCUAUCGAUGAGGCGAAAGACUUUGAUUGUUUGCCAUCCACAAGGUUGCAGGAGAGAAACAUGCAACAUCGGAGGAAAGCAGGUUCACGGCCGGACCGAUCUUGGAUCACGUCGUGCCGGCCAUUCCUGAGCGACGCCAUAUGGUAAAUGCACAUCGUCGACAAUAACGUUCUCGUCCUGGUACGAGCGCUACAUCGAUUGGCCAUAUUGAGACAUGUCCAUACGGGACACCUUGAUUAGGGACCCUUCUCAGAUCAUGACCGACGGACACGAUCUGAGCAUCUAUCCCGUCAGCUGCGAGAGUGACAUAUGAGGGCGACCCUCCAGGGGCGUGUCCGACUGAUACUGCCGAUGACAGAACCCGGCUUCGCUGUGUGUUCGCGACAGCUGUCAAAACGCGGUGCUUGGUCGUCCACGUGGCAAAGAGAUCAGUCUGCAAAACAUUACCUGCUGGUCCACUCACACAAUCGUGGUAC